GCUGGGCAGCCCCGCUCUGCUGGCAGGGAAAGAGCAGUAAGAGCCGCUCCAGUUAAAGUGCCUUAGAGGAGCGUGGAAGAGGAGGAGGAGGAGGAAGAAGAAGAAGGCGGCAAAGUGUUUUUUUUUAUUCCCUUGGAUUCAGGGGUCUGAUUGAGUAAUUACUGUUUGUUUUAGUGGCCGAACUCUUCAUUUCCCUUGGAGCCAUAGAAGGCAGAGAUCAGAGCUGCGGAACGGGCGGCGGGAAGGAACAUCUUCCAUCUGUGUCUGAUUUAUAAUGAGUGCCAAAUCUGCUAUCAAUAAAGAGAUUUUUGCACCACAUGAUGAAAGGAUGCUGGGUGCAGUCCAAGUAAAAAGGAGAACGAAGAAAAAGAUUCCUUUCCUGGCAACUGGGGGUCAGGGUGAAUACUUAACCUACAUUUGCUUGUCAGUGACAAACAAGAGACCUGCACAAGCAUAUAUUACAAAAGUUAAACAAUUUGAAGGUACUACAUCUUUUGCACGAAGGUCACAAUGGAUGCUUGAACAGCUUCGCCAGGUUAAUGGAUUAGAUCCUCAUCGGGAUUCCCCAGAAUUUGAUUUGUUGUUUGAAAAUGCUUUUGACCAGUGGGUGGCGAGUACAUCCUCUGAGAAAUGUACAUUCUUUCAAAUUCUCCAUCAUACUUGUCAGCGGUAUCUUACAGACAAAAAGCCAGAAUUUAUUAAUUGCCAGUCUAAAGCUAUUGGAGGAAACAGCAUAUUACAUUCAGCAGCAGACAGCGUGACGAGUGCAGUACAGAAAGCAAGCCAGGCUUUGAAUGAGCGUGGUGAAAGAUUAGGUCGAACUGAAGAAAAGACAGAGGAUAUGAAAAACAGUGCUCAGAAGUUUGCAGAAACUGCACACAAGCUUGCCAUGAAACACAAGUGUUGAAAAUGACGGUGUGGAGAUCUUUCUGAAUGGAACUGCAAAAAUAGGAUUGCCCAUUUUUAGUGAAAAUGCAAGUCUGUCUCUUUUCCAACAAUUUGGUAAUCAGUUCCAAUUAUCAUGUAGGAAAUUAGUAUUCCUACUUUUUCUAUUGCUAGGCCAUUCAGUGUCUGUCUUUUUUUAAUAUUUAAAAUGAGAUGGUGUUAAUAUGUAAAUUGGACCAAAGGAUAUACUAAACUGCACUGAAAUGCAAGAAUCUAUUGUUCCCAAUAUUGUGUAGGAAUACAGUAUUGUAGCUGCAGGAAAGGUGAUCAAGUGACAGUGAAAUUCAGUAAUUGUUAUAAAAUGGUUUCUUAGAGCAAAUUUUGAAGUAAACGUGUUCAUAACUUAUGAAGUGUUCAUAACUUCUAUCACAGGGCAACAAAACUAGGUUGCUAUGAAAAACAGCUUGACUUCUCAGUUCUACCAUUUUUAGUCAGCUUAUUUUGCACAUUUCAUCACUAACAUGGUAAAUUUCAAUUUGAAUUGUCCAUCAUGUUGUCAACACUAUUUUUUUCCUUAUGGUCUGAGUUUAUUUUAAUGUUACCAAAAACACAUUAGAAAUGUUAAGGAAAGGCUAAUUAAAUUGAUAAAUAUGUCAAUAUUUUAUCUGGAAUCUAACUCUUACCUUUUUUAAAUGGAACAAAAUGUCCUUCUAAAUAAACAUUAUAUUGAAACUGCUUCAAGAAUUAAUACAUGCACAAGCACUAUUGUAAGUGUUUUGAAUUCUUCUAUUGAUAAGCAUGCUUCAAAUUUAUUGCUCAAAGUAAGACUUGCUAGAGUUUUCCUAAAUAGUGUAAUCUGGACCUAUGAAGAGCAUAUAGAAGUACUUCAGUCUAUUUGCAGUCAUUGGAUCAUAUUCAUUCAUUAUAAUUAACAUUAUUUAUAAUAAAAUACACAUUUCCACUUUUCAUUUUAUAAAACGCAAAGUUUUCUUAUUUGCAAAAAAAUAUAUCCUUUAAAACAGAUUUUUACAUGCAUUGAAGCCUUCUGGCUUAUUCCUGGUUUUCAUCCUUCCAAUGCUAGUCUGGAGAACUGAAUUGAACAUUCAGUCUAGAUAGUUAUGUCAGAUUUGUCAGCACGCAAUAAUUGGAGUGGUAAUGUAGAACCAUUAACUUCCAAAUUUUGGCUGGGGGAAAGGAGCUGAUUAGGAAGCUUUUUCUCCUGUUAGCACUGAAUUUAUGUCUGACCUAAAAUGAAAAAUGCACAAACUGCUUAAACAGCCCCAUAAUGAAUCUAUAAAAUUCUGGGUAGAAUCAUGGGCAUGCAUAGCCCAUUACAAAAAACUCCUAAAAGCUUGAAAUUUACAGUGUUUGAAAUUCAAAUGUCUAGGUCAAAAGAAAAAGAAAAAGAAACCCUUACACCUACAGGGUUUAAUAUUUGGGUGACAAUGAGAAAAGCAAUAUAAGGCAGUCUAGGGAUAUUUUGAAUGGAGUGAUAAUUCUUAUGGAAAGUCACUUUUAUAUUCUCUCAUGUUUGUAUAAUUAUGAACCAAGAGGGAAAAACAGUAUAGGUAAAGAAUUAAAUCAUUAUGGAGAAAAGGCAUCCAGUUAACUGCGUAUUGUAUGUCAUCAUAAUGUAAACAUUUUAUAGGCUCUAUUUAUUUUUAUGGGUAAUUUACUGACUGAUAGCCCAGGUUUGACAGCUGCAUGGACUUCCAUCAAUAUGGUCUCUAUAGCAUACUGUGGGCUACAUUCGAUUAUAAGUUUACAUAGAAGUUAUUUUUAUUUCCUUUGUUAAAUCAUUUUAAUGUAUUAUCAUUAUUUAUUUUGCACAUUUUUUAAAAAAAGUUCAUCUCAGUUGAUGAAACUGGCUUUUUGUCAAUGCAGGGAUUUUUUUUCACAUGCCAAAAAAUAAAAUUCUCAAGUCAUUUCAUCGACUUGAUACAUUCAGAAACUAAAACCUAAUUUCUGUUUCUACUACUAAGUAAAUUUAAGUUACGUGAUGUUUUCUUAGGAUAAUUAGAAACAAGUGUGCUUAUACUGAAAAUAAAUGUGAUUGUAUUAAAAAAUGUCCUCCUGGAAAAUUGAUGUAAUAGUCAAUUAUAGUGUUAGAUAUUUGUGUACAUAAAUUAUACAGUAAUAUUUCAUAUUAAAAUGUAUUUGUAAAAAGUAGCAAGAUCAAUAGUUUCAUUAUCACCUUUUUAAAGUUCUGCAAAGAAUAAAAAAUCAGAAGUUAUUAAGAUAGUCAUACCUGCCUCAUGCUGUUGCUAGCAACAUGUUGUAAGUUAAUGUGAAAAUAUUUAACAGAAUUGCUCUCUUAAUGAGUGAACCUAACCUUUAUUUUAAUAUGCCAAAAUUGUCAAUAUUUUCUGUUGUCCUGAAGCUUAAUUUUUUGCUACUCUAAAAUAAAUGAAGGUACUUUGCUCCAUUGCUAUAUUUCACAGACAUUAUGUUUGUCAUUUAAAGUUUUAGCCAUUAAUUGAAAUAUACUUUAGUAUCAAUGAUAGACAACCUUAAGACAGUAUAUAAUUCCCAUACCUAUUUUUGUAGCCAUCUAGAAGGACCCCCUACCUUUUAAAAUCACUUUUGAUCAUCUCCCAAGUUGAGUUUUAAAAUAGAUGUAUUAAUGCUUUGGGAGGCUCUUGUACUACUUCCGUAUUCACUCUCUCCCAGGACUACCAUCCUCCCCAUUUGAAAAAGGGCUGAACAUUUCUUCUCACAGACUCUGCUGUUGUCCCCGCACAACUAUCACAUUCCCUGUGGCCCUCAGAUGCCAGGAAACAGAUACAGCUCUAAGAAAGUGGAGAAAACUAAUCCUUAUCUAUAUUAUUGAAGAGGUAGGAAGGGUGUACAUUAUAGCUACACAUGUUGAAUCCACAUGCAUUCAUUUUUUUGGCUUACAUUCUUUUGGGAAAAGACAGCUUUAAUGAGUUAUAUAUGAAAGCAUAUCUUGACUGCAUAUGUUAUCAUUACUGCUAGAUCUCAUUGCCAUAAUUUACCUGGUUUCAAGUAGGUUCAAAUUCAUAAUGAACGAAACGUUAUGACGUGUUGGCUGAUUCAGCUUUUUCUUUGCCUUAGAUCCAAUAGAGCCAAGAUUUCUGUCUGUGGUUACUAAACAAAUAGUGUGAUCCCGUCUCAACAUUUCUUAUUUAAAGUGGGCAUGGACCAUCAACCUGGACCUCUAAAUUAUAUCUUUGGACCAUGUGCAAAAGUGAUUCUCUUCAGCUUUUCAUGGCUUACACUCUGUGCAUAGGCUAAAAUGUCACCAUUUUAUUUUACCUGCAUAGUAUAUAGAAGGCAACUUAUACGAGGGCCUGCAAACACGUUAAAUGCAAACUGAGGCAUAGCUGCACCUCAGCAAACAUAUCAUAUGUGCAAAUAGCCUAUGUGUUUUUAUGUUGUGCACAUGUUUAUAUACUUGCAUACCAUAUAGCUUUUCUAAGUUUCAUCUGUCCCAUUUAGAGGUUGCCUCUUGUGGAAUCUUAGCUUUAAUCCCUUCCUUCCUUCCUUCUGGCAGAAGUGCCUAAUAAAAUAUUAACAUAUUAAAGGCCCAUAAGGAAUCAGCCACUCAAACUGAAGAUUUCAUGGCUCAACUUAUUGUAUAUAUGCCUUAACAAAAUGAUUUACACAACCCUGGCCAUGGGUUUUAAUCAUUACUUCAGAAAGAUGACUGACUAUGAAGAAUGUAAUUAUAUCCUGUGGCCUGAUAAUGUGUGCAGUUUCUUGUAGAACAACUUCGUUGUUCAGCAUUGUCAUAUCUUGCUUUGCUUUGUUGAGAAUUAUUUUGUUUUGUUUUUAUCUGUAUUGUAAAUAUUCACUUUGCUAAAAAUAUUAUUUAGCCAUAUGUUGCAGGCACAUUAUUAAGUUGUUUCAGCCAUAUACUCUCUCAAAAGUUAAAAACACUGUAGCUAUAAUUAUUCCCAGGACCUACAUCACAUUGCUGAAGGUUGAGAAUGAAUUGCCAUCCCUCUGAAGGUUGAGAAUGAAUUGCCGUCCCUCUCUUAGCCUAGGACUAUCUGGACUCAUGAAUUAAGAUGCUGGUUGUAUACAAUUUAUAUUUUGGCAACAUUAGAAUUUAUUAUAUGCAAUAUUUUGGUUUUCAUUGUACUGUAUGUAAUUCAUAUCAAAUUGUACAGUUACAAUUCAGUUUUCAUAAUAAAUAUUUUAUUAAGUA